GCUCAACUUUCCAACAGGCAUCUCCUCCCAGACUUGCCAGCUUGACCGUGGGAUCGCGGCCAGAUGGUAAACUGUUACUGUUGUUGUCCUGUGUUAAGCGCGGGAUUUCUUUCUUUGCAGUACUGGUUUUAGUGCCGCCGCGUACUUCAAAUUGCCUGUUCCGGCUGCGACUUGUUCACCCAGCCCUUCCUUGUGGUCUCCUCUCCUGCUUGUCGCGCAUUUCUUGAGAGUCACAAAUAGUCGCCAUGGGUGUCCCAGCACUUUUCCGAUGGCUCACCAAGAAAUACCCCAAGAUCAUCUCCCCGGUGGUGGAGGAACAGCCGUAUGAGAUCGAUGGCGUGCAGUACCCGGUCGACACGACCAAGCCCAACCCUAAUGGCGAGGAAAUGCACAAUCUCUACCUUGAUUUCAACGGCAUUGUCCAUCCCUGUUCACAUCCUGAGAACAAGCCGCCUCCUGCGAAUGAGAGUGAAAUGAUGAUGGAGAUCUUCAAGUACACUGAUCGUGUGGUGAACAUGGUGCGACCGCGAAGACUGCUUAUGAUUGCUAUCGAUGGUGUUGCUCCGCGAGCAAAGAUGAACCAACAGCGCGCUCGACGAUUCAGAGCCGCUCGAGACGCAAAAGAGGCGGAUGAAAAGAAGGCCGAAUUCCAGACCCUCCUGCGUCAGCAGCAACAAGAUAGGGAUGAUGUCAGUGACGAAGAAGAAGUAAUCAAGAAAACAUGGGAUAGUAAUGUCAUCACACCUGGCACGCCGUUCAUGUUCAUACUUGCUCAGUCGAUCCGAUAUUGGGUACAAUGGAAACUCAACACCGAUCCCGCCUGGGCCGAAUUGAAGGUCAUCAUCUCCGAUGCUAGCGUCCCAGGUGAAGGUGAGCAUAAGAUCAUGCAGUUCAUUCGUUCUCAACGCUCCGACCCCGAGUAUGACCCCAACACAAGACAUGUCAUGUAUGGACUUGACGCAGACUUGAUCAUGCUGGGCAUCGCGACGCAUGAGCCGCAUUUCCGUGUUCUUCGAGAAGACGUCUUUACCAGGGACGCCAAAGCCAAGACCUGCAAGCUUUGUGGCCAACAAGGACACUACGCAGAGAACUGCAGAGGCAAUGCCAAGGUCAAAGCAGGCGAGUUCGAUGAAAAAGGAACGACAGAAGAACUCAAGCCCUUUAUCUGGCUCCAUGUGCCUGUCCUGCGUGAGUAUCUAGCGGCGGAAAUGUUUGUUCCUGGCCAGCCAUUCCGUUUUGAUCUUGAGCGUGCUCUUGACGAUUGGGUCUUUAUGUGUUUCUUUGUCGGCAAUGAUUUCUUGCCUCACUUGCCCAGUCUUGACAUUCACGAAGACGGCAUUGACAAGUUAAUUGCCAUCUGGAGAGACAAUUUGCCUCUCAUGGGCGGUUAUGUGACCUGUGAUGGCAACGUCAAUUUGGCUCGUGCUCAGAUCAUUCUCCAAGGGCUUGCGAAGCAGGAAGAUGCCAUUUUCAAACGUCGCAAGGAGGUGGCGGACAGACGAGAGCGGAAUGAGCGACGGCGGGAGCAACAGCAGGAAGCUCGCGAAGCUCAACGCAACCCCAAGAGACGUCGCAACUCUCCGGACUACAACAGAGGCGGCAGGGUGGAUACACGUGCUCCCACCGGACCCGUGGAAACCUUCGAAGCAACCAACUACCCUACGCUGGACUACAACUCCAUUGUCAACAGAGGUGCCGUUGACAAGGCCUUGACGACCAACAAGAGUGCCGCCGCCGUCUUGAAAGAACAGAUGUUGGCACAGAGGGCCGCCGCUACCGAAACACCCACCAAGACUGCUGCAACAAACGGCACAGCUAACGGUGCUGAUGGGAGCCCGAAUACAGAUUCGAAUACACCUGGAUCGGCCCUGGGGAAGCGAAAAGCCGCGCUGAUGGAAGAGCAGGAUGCGGCUUCUGAUAGCGGCACGCCUGGACGAAACACCCCGUUGACCAAAACGGACACUAACGAGGAACCACCACCCGUUGAUCCCGACCUCGAUACAGUACGACUAUGGGAACCAGGAUAUGCCGAUCGCUAUUACGAACAGAAAUUCCAUGUCUCGCCCAACGACAUUGAGUUCCGCCACAAAGUUGCUCGUGCUUACGUGGAAGGCUUGUGCUGGGUUCUGCUCUACUACUUCCAGGGUUGUCCUUCAUGGACGUGGUACUACCCAUACCAUUAUGCCCCGUUCGCCGCCGACUUUGUCGACAUCGACAAGAUGGAGGUCAAGUUUGACAAGGGAACGCCUUUCCGGCCGUACGAACAAUUGAUGGGGGUGCUGCCUGCGUCUUCGAACCAUGCCAUUCCACCGGCCUUCCAUCCGCUGAUGACCGACGAAGACUCGGAGAUCGUCGACUUUUAUCCCGAAGAUUUCGACCUGGACCUGAACGGCAAAAAGCAGUCCUGGAAAGCUGUGGUGCUCCUGCCAUUCAUUGACGAAAAGCGACUCCUGAAAGCAAUGGGAACAAAGUAUCCUCUCUUGAGCGACGACGAAAGAGCUCGAAACGAAUUUGGGAAAGAUGCACUCAUCAUUUCCGACCAGAACCCCCUGUAUGAUGAGCUCGCUCUGCAGUUCUAUUCAAAGAAAGCCAAGGACGGCAAAGAGACGGUCAAACUGUCUAUGCGAAAGGGUCGCCUUGCCGGAACAGUGAGCAAGAACCACGAUUUCUUACCUCACAUGGAUCUGGUUGGACCGGAAGCAGAUAUCAAAUUGGAACCCGUGGUCGACGACGAUCGGUCGCUGAAUGUCCACUUCACCAUGCCGCCUCCCACGCAUGUGCACAAGUCCAUGUUGUUCCCCGGAGUCGUGUUGCCCGCCCCAGUUCUGGACAAGAGCGACUUGGCAAUUCUGCGAUCCAAGGCCAGGAAUUCCGGCCGCGACUUUGGCGGCGCUCCGCUCUACGACAAUACUCGUCGCGAUCCUAUGGACCAGCAGAACAGAGGCGGUCGUAUCAACUAUGCCGCUGAUCGGCCACCCUUGAAUGCCAACGGCGGCUACAACAACGGAGGUCAAAAUUCCAGAGACAACCCAUUCGCCGCAUUUCUCGAUCCACGAUUCGCCUCGAACAUGCCUCCUGCUGGUCGCGGUGGGCCGCCACCACCUCCUCCUCAGUCCCAGAGAUAUGGAGCUGCCAACGGUUAUGAUCAAAAUCAAGGCCAAUACGGUGGGUACGGUGGCGGUGGCCAGGGUGGCUACUACAACGACUACCAAGGCCAAGGACAAGGACAGGGGUACUAUGGGAACCAAGGCGGUCAGAACCAGUACUACGGUGGCAGAAAUGGAGAUUACCAACAGCAAUAUGCCCAGGGCGGCCAGGGUGCGGGUAAUGGCUAUUACCAGUAUCCCGGUCAAGGACAGAAUCAGGGCCAGGGAUAUCCCCCAAGAGAUGAUCGCCGUGGUGGCCGUGGUGGCGGUAACAACUAUGGAGGAGGAUACAACCAAGGCGGCGGCGGCGGAUAUGGUCGACGUUAAACGCUGCCAUAGGUGGUGGUGCUCAACAUGCACUGCAGGAAACAUUGUCUGAAUAAGUGAUCCAAGAGCUUUGACUGCCAAAACCCUGAUAGGCAGCAGCCGGCUCAGCUUGAUGUACAAAAUAAGAAAGUGCACAAUGUGAAAGUAGAUUCAGUUUCCAUA